UAAAGAGCGAAGCGGACCCCAUGUUUGUCAUUCCCUCGAGACUAUCCUGUGCUGGAAGGGUAGUAACGAGAGCAGGGAGAACGACUCUCCCUCGGAGAGAUAAAGUAACAAAAAUUUGUUUCUUCUGCCGCUGGAAAGCACCGAGUGUCCUCAAUAUGUUUAAGCUCGGUAUAAUGACGUUCAUCACGAUGCUGGCGAUGACGCGUUCGGAACCUCCUGUCAAUUCGUAUCUACCUCCACGAACAGGAAUCUCUGUGAAUAGCGGUCAAGCCGAUUUAUCCACCCAUGGAACGCCGGAUUUUGGUAACGGAGGUAGUAUUAAUAGAAACGGUGGUGCAACAAGUUUCGGCAGUAAUGGUCCGUCGAAACUUUAUGGUGCACCCAUCGGGGAAAAUGCCCGCGUAAAUGGUUUAGGUCAAUCUCGAGGAAACGGAUUUGGGGAUGGGCAAUCCUCUAACUCUUAUAGUGCCUCAAGCUUUGGAGAUUUUAAUGAAAACAGCGGUAAUGUAGUACCGUCGAGUAGUUAUGGAGUUCCUAUUGCGAAUGGAAACAACGGAGGUGGUUUUCGAAAUGGAGGCGGCAAUGGAGACAAACCAUCGAUUAAUUACGGUGUACCUGGUACGAAUGGAAACAACGGACACAAUUUCAGGAAUCGAGGUAAUGGAGUGAAACCAUCGACCAGCUAUGGUGUUCCUGGUAGGAAUGGAAACCACGGAAGUGGUUUUGAUAGAAACAAUGGUAAUGGAAAGCCUUCUGGUAGUUAUGGAGUACCUGGAGCUAAUGGAAAUACAAACAAAAAAAAUCACCUCAAUGGCGGAAAUAAUGGUGGAAAAUUUCCGAGCAGUUAUGAAUCUUCGAACGUACCGAAAACAAACGGAUUCGGCGGUACCAACGGAGGAUUAUCAAGCAAUUACGGUCCAUCUAAUAAAAAUGGACAUGGAAACAACGGCUAUCCAUCUGAAAGUCCAAGAAAUGGCGAGAGUUUCGGAAAUGGCAAUGCUAACGGCUAUCCAUCUGGAAAUGGUAUAAAUGGACAGGCAGGAAAUUUUGAAAACGGAGGUGGAAGUUUCAAAAAUGGAGGAAGAGGAAGUGAAGGUUACAACGACAAUGCACAAGAAGAAAGCACCGAGCCAGCAAAAUACGAAUUUUCGUACGAAGUAAAAGAUGAGCAAUCCGGCAGCAAUUACGGCCACACGGAAACUAGAAACGGUGAUCGCGCUCAAGGCGAGUUCAACGUUUUACUUCCAGAUGGUAGAAAACAGAUUGUCGAGUAUGAGGCUGAUCAGGAUGGAUUUAAACCGCAAAUUAGAUACGACGGCGAAGCAAAUACGGGUGGAGGAUACAACUCCGGCGGACCGAAUGGUAACAACGAUGGUUAUUCUUCUGGUAGACCGAAUAGCAAAAGCGGUGGCUUUGCAGACUCAGGGUUUAAUGGAGGCAGUGGUAAUGGUUAUCCAAACGGUGGUCCCAGUCAGGGAAAGUCCAAUGGAUUUAAUGGAGGAGGCGGCAACGGUUAUCAAUCGGGAAAGCCAGCAGGACAAUCCUUUAGCCAAGAUAAUGAUAAUAAUUUGAGUGGAGGCGGAUUCUUCUCCAAUGCUCUUAGCAACAAUAUUGGUGGCAACGCGGAUAUCGACAGUAACAGACAAAAUGGUAAUGGUGGAUAUCAAUAUUAAAGAACAUAUAAUUUAAUAGAAUUAAAUAUCUUUAUCUUGGGUAAUUUUUAAAAAGGAUGAAGAAAUGACUGAAAAAAUUUAUUUCUUGUGAAAAUUUAUCUGUAUAUUUAGAUAAUGGAAAGUUUUUAUAAGCUUCUAUCAUCCUUUCACAAAAAUGAUAAAUUUAUCAGAAUGUGAAACUACAAAUUAUAGAAUUCAAGAAUUGAUAUUUUAUUAUUAAAAUUCACAUCGCAUUAUGUGUUCAUAGCAUGAUUUAUUUAAGUCCAUGUAGUAGCCUUUA